AUGGAGACCGAAACAUCCCUUCCCGCGGUUCCAUACGACCGUCAAACCAUAUACACAGCAUUGGCGCAAUUCGACGAGUCGGAUCCCGAAUUUCAAGCGGGGAUACAGACCAUCAUCGGGCCCAUGCAGUCGUCCGGUGUAGCGCGCGAACAGAUCGAGGAAACCAAGAAGCGAGCUAAGGUGUUUUUCUGGUCCCAAAAGACAGGCAAUCAGGUCGAUUAUGCUGAUUAUACCGCUUGGUUGGCGUUGAACGACUCGAUACCUAGUGCUGGCGGUGUUGGUUCCAGCUCGAGCGAUGCAGAUGCUGUAAACGCACCCGGACACGCAGAAGCGGACGGCGAGAAAGCGAAAGACAAGGAACCGUAUCCAGCAUCCUUCGAUGCGAUCGUAGAGCUCAUCACGACAGGCAAGACCGACCAGAUCCCAGGCAUUCGCGACAUCCCACUCAAAAUCAACCAAGAACCUCCUACGCAGGCCACCAUGAGCAGACCAUUGAAGCCGUGGGAGAAGGCCGACAUUGCUCCUGUCGACGUUUCACAGCCAGCCUCACAAGCCGCAGCUACAGUGAUCGAUCCUCCAGCGUCACACGCAGAGACUAGUCAAGCAUCCUCAUCCUAG